UGCUGGCGUCUAGGUGAGAUCUGUGCUUCAGUUUUCCCGGGUGUCUGGGAUCUAGUGUUGUCUUUUGGCCGGAGGCCCCAGCACGAGUCUGCAGAGCCAUCGUCAGUUUUCAGCCUCAGAGCGGAAACUGAGACCAAGCCCCAGCCGCGUUUCCAGAACGAAGGGCAAUCGCGCCAGCAGCUAAGAUGUCGCGAGUGGGGAAGGUGUAUCAGGUACAGGAUGGCAAAGUCUACCAGCAGAUCUUCGAGGCUGAGGUGCAGCUGGUUCAGUCUCUGGCAGCCACCAGGAAGCGGGCUGCAGAGCAUUUUGGGAAUGCAAAGAAUGUCAAGGCACCCAUGAUGAAGAAGGUGGUGUUAGAAGAAGGGGAGACAAUCACCCCUCGGCAGAGGAAGUGGGUGCGUAGCCUCCCCAACGACUGGAUCACAGAAAACCCAGUUCUCUAUAGGGAACAGAAAGAAGCCAUGAAGGAAAAGAUGCGUGAGACUGAGAACAUGAUCGCUGCCAAAGAGGUGCAGGGUCUUGUUGGCAACAUGGUUUCCAAGAAGAACAGCACCCUCACCUUCAACAGGCUAGAAGAAUACAAGAAGAGAAACUACGUGAAUGCACUGGCGAGAUUUCAGGAGGAACUAGAGCAGAUUGGGGUGGAGAUGGAACCCCUCAUCCUGGAGAAAGGGGAGACCCUUUUGAAAAAGAUGUUCCAGUCUGAUGAGGAUAUUGAUCAGCUCUUCAAGAAAGUCGAAAACGAACUGGACCUGGCCAACUACACGAUUGAAACCCUGUCGGAGCUGUGGGAGAACGUGGCUGAGAAAUUCAGGCAACAGAAGCAGGAGAUUAAGGAGCUAGAUCAAGAGCUGUUGGCACUGGAGGUUUCUCGAGCCGACAAGCUAAAGGAAGUGCUGAAGAGAUACGUUGACAUCAUAGAGAAAACCGCCUUCCUCCUGCAGCCUGAUGUAUACAGGCUGAUAGAUAAAGAAGCCAUGGCCAUGAACCAGGCUCUACUAGGCAAUCGGAGGGCCAUCGCCCAGCUGUUGAUCAACCUGACUGAGGUCACCCUACAGCAGGAGGUUGACAACCGCCGUCGCUGGCAGGGCGUGAUGGACACCUGGAAGGCUCUCAAGCAGGAGGCCCUGUUCCAGAGCUUCAUCGAGUUCAUGGCUAGUGACAAUAUCCUGGAGCCCCCAUCUGUGCGGAAGGAGCUGGAAGAAAUGCUGAAGAACCAGCAAGUCCUUCAGGAAGUGAGGUUGGAUCAUCUCUGCACCAUCUGUAACCUCCUCCCCCCCAACUAUAGCAAAAAACAGGUGACUGAGUGGUUUGACUCUCUCACUUCCCUGAACAAGCAGCUUGACACCUACCACAUGGACUGCAUGGCGCUGGUACGCUUCCUGUACGAGAAAACUUGGCAAGAGUGCCUGACCCAUGUGCAGGACUGCAAGAAGCAGCUGCUGGACUGGAAAGCUUUCUCUGAAGCAGAGGCAGAGAACCUGGUGAACCCAACCUUCUUCCUGAUGGUGGGGGAAUUCCAGAGCAAGGUGGAGAAGCAGCUGGAGCUCCUGGAUAACUCCUUUGAGGCCUUGGCCAAGCAGACAGAAUUGCAGAGCUCAGACAUCUUCAGGUACUUCCAGGAGGCAGUGCGGCUGUGGGAGGGGCACCAGAGCAUUCUCUUGGCCCAGGAGCUGGAGCUGGAGAAGAGGAUAGAACAUCAUCGGCAGAAACACAACCAGGAGAACCAGGCCCAAGAGGCUAACCUUGACAAGCUUCUAGACCAACUGAGACAGCAGAGCCAAGAGGAAGCCCUGAAGACGAGUAUGGAAAAGACCAAGAAUUUUCUGAAGAACAUGAAGUGCAGGUACGAGAGUUUUCACAUCCUCCUGAGCAAAGAAGUGAUGGAGUACCCGGCGUUAGUCCUGAAAGAGCUCAACGGUUACAGCUUUGCACUCAGCCGGCACUUCUUCAUCCGGGAAAUCUUUGAGCAGAACUUGGAUGGGGAAGUGAUUUUCAAAUUCAGGCAACCAGAAAUCCACGAAAGAGUCUUCAUGCAGAAAGUAAAAAAACUGAAGAAAAAACAAAUGACGAGAGUGAAAAUACACAAAGCUGAAACCAGCAUAAGUGAGGAGACAGGUUCUAAGGGGCCAGAAGAAGGCAUGGAAGAAGAAGGUGAGGAAAUAGAGCCGGUUGCAGCUGGAGAGGCCCUGAACCAGUGGAGCAAGUUCCCACAGAGUGAUGGGAUGGAAGAUCUCAAAGAAGAAUCUUUCUUAGACGCUGAAGAAAUGCGGGGCAUGAGGGAGACUUUCUCAGAGACAUCUCAGGACACAGAAAACGUGAAGGCCCCUGAAAAGGAGAGGGUAGAGGCAGAUGAAGAGGAGGAAGAAGAGGUGCAAAAGGAAGAGGAGGAGGAGAAGGAAGAGCAGCAGGAGGAAGCAAAAGAGGAGAAGGAAGAGGAAGAACAGAGGGAGGAAGAGGAAGAAGAGGAGGAAAUACAUGAGGAAGAGGAAGAUGAGGAGGAAGAGAAUGAUAAUGAUGAGACUGAAGAUGUGGAGUAUAAUCAAGAGAGCUUUUUUAUGGAUCAGGAUGAAGACAGGGAAAAGGGCCCCGAGGAGAUGUCCGGUGAGGAGAUGGAGUUCUUCACAACUGCAAGUGGAAACACUUACUUUGCCUUCCUGUCUGUGAAAGAUGAACAAAAGAUCCACAGUAGGCCCCAUUCCCACCAUGCUGUGUUCUUCAAUGACUCUUUCAGCAACAAGUACAUAGAGCAAGUGAUUCUUCCACCCGAACUAAUCUUACAUGUUAAGAAACAGAUUCGAGCUGGCUUCUUUGAACAUCUUGAGAAGUGGUUUGACCAGUGUGUCCUCAGGGCUCGAGUCACUGUGGCUGCCAAGGUUGACGAACUGGAUUCAGAACUGGAGCUCCGUCUGCACCUGCACAAGCCAAGGCUCCAGCAUGUGGAGAAGGAUAUUCACAACGUCAGAGCAGCUGAGCUCCUGCUUCACAAGGAGAGGCUGGACAGCCACUGUGCGGGUGUGGUUGAGACGCUGAGGAAGGAGAGGCUGAUGUUCUGCCAGUUCCAAGAAGAGCAAACGGCACGGAGCAAAACCUUCCGCCGCAAGAUCUACGACAUGGAGCAUAACUUCUUAAAUGCCUCCAAGAGCCAAAAGCUGGCUAAUCUCACCAAAGCCCUCCACCGGGAGCUGCUUAGCUAUGUGGAUGUCAUGCAGGUGUCCCUGCGAAGCUUCCGGCAGUACCUGGAAGAGAGUCUGGGCAAGCUCCGCUACACCAACAUUGACUUUGUGAAGCACUGCAGAUUGUUUUCAGAGGGUGGCAACUUUUCCCCUGAAGAAGUGGAAUCACAGUGCCAUCGGCUGGAGAAGGAGGCUACCCGGAUUGAGCUCGUUGAAAAUCUAAUCAUGAUCCACAUGGAAAAGAUGGAGACAGAGUACCUGGACCAGGCCAAUGACGUCAUCAACAAAUUUGAGAGUAAAUUCCACAACCUAGCCUCGGACCUUAUUUUCGUAGAGAAAAUCCAACGGCUAAUGACGAAUCUGCAGCUGAACAUCAAGUGUCAGGUGGCAAAGUCCAAUUCCCAAGCAGAGGGAUUAAAUUCUUCUCUGGAACAGCUUCAACAAAAGAUACAAACAUGUGGAGACCACCGCGGAGAUAAGGGCGAGGUGACCACAGAUGACCUCCUUGUCUUUGUCCGAUCCUGGAAAGAAAAACUGACCCAGAGGAUUAAGUACCUCAACUGCAGCCUGGACACGACGACAGCCAUUACUGAGGAGGUCUUUACGGAAACCAUCAUGACUGAUACGGAAAUGGAGAGUGACAUCCAUGCAUCUUCAGAGGGCCCUGACGAGGAAACCAAGGUGGGCCUUGUCACUCCUGAGUCCUUUGCCCAGCCAAUACGUAUGGGCAAGUCCAUGAUUGAAGACCCGGCUGUGGAUGUUAUCAAGAAGAUACUUCAAAUUCCUCAGACAAACUUGGCGAACGCGUGUGAAAAGGAUCGCUCCCAAACAGGUAGAUACGCAGACCUGUGGGUCUUAGGGAGUAGUAACAGGGAAGUUGGUGGCAGCUGUGGCCUACCAUCACCCCCUCUCCUCUGCCCUUGUCCGGGACGCUCGUCACCCAAAGGCUUGAAGAGACAUCGGUACCGGGGAGAAAGGUCUACAAAGAAGGCCUUGGGCAGCUCCAGUGGUACCUCAGCAACGAGCAUGACACGAUAUACCAAGAUGAUCAAAUUCGACAGAAAGUACCAGGUGCUCGGGGAGAAGCCUCCUUCUCAGGCUGAGGACUUUAAAGGCAUCAUCCUGACCCUCCUCUGGGAGAGCAAUGAACACAUGCUGUUUGUCGUGGAGGAUUUUUACCGCAAGGAGAAACGCGCAGUCUCCAGGCCUGAGUGCAUGUACGAGAGCUUUGACCACUGCGCUGAUCACAUUGGCAAGAGGAUCUUGGAUUAUCAGAAAAAGGCAGAGGAGUACCACAAGUCCUGCGUCCUAGAAUUACGUGCCCAGGUGAGGAGGUUUGAGGAGCUGCUGCCCCAGGUGUGUUGGCUGGUGAUGGAGAACUACAAGGAACAGCACUGGAACAAGUUUUGCUCAUCCAUGAAGGAGAUCCAGGAGCAGUUUGAGGAAAAGAAGAAGAAUCUGGAGAAGAGGAAGGAUGAAAACUCCCAGAAGCUCCAUCCACAACUUGGCCACCCCUCAUAUGCCCAUGAAAUGGAGUCGCUAUCCACCAUGGAGGAGCUAAGACAGGAAGAGCUGGACCAGGUGAUCCAGGAGAACCAGGAGAAGAUGGAGGAAUUUGCCAAGAAGUACAGCAACUUCUUCAUAAUGAGCUUGGCCUCCUUCACAGAGAAGUUCUUGAUGCAGCUGGAUGACGUGGUUACCGUUGAUGACAUCCUAGCUCCACGGAUGGAGCCCCAAAAGCAGAAAAUAUCAAUCCUUAUACGAAAGAAGCUGGCCAGGUUCUCUCUGGAGGAAGAGAGUGAGAAGCCCCUGGUUGAACGAGGGAGCAGGAAGUGGCUAGGAAUCAAGCCCAAUGAAAUCACCAUUCAAAACAAGAUACUGACUCGGAAGACACCGACGAUAACCACCUAUAAGACCACCCUGGGCCACUUGGCCACCAUAGAAGCCCGAGAUGCCGUUUACCUGAAAUACUUGGGCCUGUUUGAGAAAGAACUAAAGAAAAUCAAGGAUCACACCACGACCCUGGAGUUGGAGGCUCAGCACUGGAAGGAAAGCUGGAGGCUCUCCCUGGACACCAUCCAGUCCCUGUACUUGACCACUUCUUUUCUACACCUGAAAUAAAGCCUUUGUUUC